CCUCCUCCUCCGCCCGGCGGCCGCUGUCAGGAUGAGGCGGAGGAGGCGGAGGCCCGGGCCGGCAGCUCCUGUCCCUCGCCGGAGCCCUCUGGCGUAGCGGUUCCCGCUCCGACGCCGCGGCUGGAGGCCGUGGAGACACCGCCCGCCCGCCGGAGCCAUGGCCCAGUCCGGCCCGAGCCCCCCGACGGAUGUUGCUCUUCUGCAGCGGGUGGCUGAGUUGGAAAAGGUCAAUGCAGAAUUCCUGCGCACAAAGCAGCAACUCGAGCAAGAAUUCAAUCAAAAGAGAGCCAAAUUUAAGGAGCUGUACUUGGCUAAGGAAGAGGACCUCAAAAGACAAAAUGCAGUGCUGCAGGCAGCCCAGGAUGACCUGGGGCAGCUGCGGACCCAGCUGAUGGAAGCGCACGCAGAAAUGGAGAACAUCAAAGCCAUAGCUACGGUAUCUGAGACGACAAAGCAGGAAGCUAUCGAUGAGGUGAAGAGGCAGUGGCAAGAGGAAGUAGCUUCCUUACAGGCUAUUAUGAAAGAGACUGUUCGUGACUACGAGCUCCAGUACCACCACAGGCUGGAGCAGGAGCGAGCACAGUGGAACCAGUACCGUGAGAACGUGGAGCGGGAGAUAGCAGAGCUGCGGCGGCGCCUGUCGGAGGGGCAGGAGGAGGAGAACCUGGAGAAUGAAAUGAAGAAGGCCCAGGAAGACGCCGAGAAGCUGCGUUCGGUUGUGAUGCCUAUGGAGAAAGAGAUUGCAGCACUCAAGGAGAAACUGACAGCAGCUGAAGAAAAGAUCAAAGAGUUAGAGGCAUCAAAGGUUAAAGAACUGAACCAUUACUUGGAAGCAGAGAAGUCGUGCAGGACAGACUUAGAGAUGUAUGUGGCUGUUCUCAACACGCAGAAAUCAGUGCUGCAAGAGGACGCAGAGAAGUUGAGGAAAGAACUGCAUGAAGUCUGCCACCUCUUGGAGCAGGAGAGACAGCAGCACAACCAGCUGAAGCACACCUGGCAGAAAGCCAACGACCAGUUCCUGGAGUCCCAGCGCCUGCUGAUGAGGGACAUGCAGCGCAUGGAGAUCGUCCUGACCUCCGAGCAGCUGCGCCAGGUCGAGGAGCUGAAAAAAAAGGAUCAGGAAGAAGAUGAUCAGCAAAGGCUUAGUAAGAGAAAGGAGCAGAAGCAGAAAGAUGCAGAUGAUGAAACGAAAGCUUCCUGUUCUCUAGGCACUGAGGAAGUCCUCACACAGCUCUCUAAUGAAGAGGUACAAGUCAAUAGCACUCAUGGCUCAGUCCAUUCGCUGGAUGCAGACCUGCUGCUUUCUGCUGGUGAAUCUUUCAACAAGGCAGAUAAUGACAUGUUCAAAGAUGGGCUACGGAGGGCACAAUCAACAGACAGCCUGGGCACAUCUGGAUCCUUACAGUCCAAAGCUUUAGGAUACAACAACAAAGCCAAAUCUGCUGGGAACCUGGACGAGUCUGACUUUGGACCACUUGUUGGAGCAGAUUCAGCAUCUGAGAACUUUGAUACAGCUUCCCUUGGAUCUCUGCAGAUGCCAAGCGGGUUCAUGUUAACCAAAGACCAGGAAAAAGCAAUCAAAGCAAUGACCCCAGAGCAAGAGGAGACAGCUUCUCUUCUCUCCAGCGUGACCCAAGGGGUGGAGAGCGCUUACGUGUCCCCCAGCGGGUACCGCCUGGUCAGCGAGACAGAGUGGAACCUGCUGCAGAAGGAGGUGCAGAAUGCAGGGAACAAGCUGGGCAGACGCUGUGAUAUGUGCUCCAAUUAUGAGAAGCAGUUGCAAGGGAUCCAGAUUCAGGAGGCUGAGACAAGAGACCAGGUGAAGAAGCUGCAGGUGAUGCUGAGGCAGGCUAACAACCAGCUGGAGAGGACAAUGAAAGAUAAGCAGGAGCUGGAGGAUUAUAUGAAACAGAGUGCUGAAGACUCCUCUAAUCAGAUCUCCCUGCUGAUGGCCAAGUGUCAGAAGUCAGAGAACCUCCUGAGUGAGCUGCAGCAGGCGUUUGCACAGGCCAAGAGAAGUGUCCAGGAGCAGAUGGCUGUCCUGACACAGUCAAGGGAGCAGGUUUCAGAGGAGCUGGUGAGGCUGCAGAAGGAUAAUGAAAGCCUUCAAGGAAAGCAUAACCUGCACGUGUCUUUGCAGCAAGCUGAGGACUUCGUUCUGCCAGAAGCAGUAGAGGAGCUCCGUGAGCUGAUCCUGAAGUACCGGGAGGACAUCAUCAGCGUGCAGACAGCAGCAGAUCACCUGGAGGAGAAGCUGAAGGCCGAGAUUUUAUUCCUAAAAGAGCAGAUCCAAGCUGAGCAAUAUUUGAAAGAAAAUAUAGAAGAAACUCUACAGCUGGAAAUAGAGAAUUGCAAAGAGGAGAUAGCUUCCAUUUCCAGUUUAAAAGCUGAUCUGGAAAGAAUAAAAGUGGAAAAGGAACAGUUGGAAAGUUCUUCCCAGGAAAACCUGCAGCAGCUGGAGAGUCUGCAGGAAACAAAGACCACUCUAGAAGAGCAGCUGAAGAAGGAAACAGCAGCAAAGGCCAACCUGGAGCAGCUGGUGUUUGAAGAGAAGAACAAAGCCCAGCGGCUGCAGACUGAGUUAGAUGUCAGUGAGCAAGUGCAGAGAGAUUUUGUAAAGCUUUCUCAGACACUUCAGGUGCAGCUGGAGCGGAUCCGGCAGGCAGAUUCCCUGGAGCGGAUCCGAGCCAUCCUGAACGACACAAACCUGACGGACAUUAAUCAGCUGCCUGAGACAUGACAGCCUGCUCCGCGGGCUCCAGGGCUGCCUGGGGGUUUUAACUCAUCUUUAGAGCAACAUUAAUUAUUAUUUAACUCUAACAGAACGAGCAGAAGACAACGAGAGGGGAGCGGUGACUUAACGUUUUGUUUCGAGAGGGGGAACAGGUUUGGUUGUGGGCAGGAGGAGAGCGGCAAGUGGCUUGCGGUGCAGGCAGGAGAGCUGUGUGAUGGCAACACUAAUGAGUGUGGUGUUCGUGUUCUGCCGGCUGGGAGCAGUCCCUACAGCCUGAAAACCUUCCCUCUUUCAGCCGACUCUGUAACCUAAUCUAGACUUCUGGAGCAGUGACCCCACCCUGUCUUUUUCCCUCUGUCCUUUUCCCCACCCCACUACUGUGAUUGAAGUAGCUGCUGGAAACCAUCUUGUCCCUCCAAAGCAUUGAAGAGCAAAGUGGUUGAAGUGUUGCUGUUUGCCUAGUGAGUCCCAGUAUUCAGCUAGCAGAGAGAAUGAGGUGUAGAGUAUUGCUGUAUGGAUAUUUUAUAUUAAAAUAUGACUUUAUUAGCAGGACGCUGGAGAUUGAGCUUCUUUCCUAACUCACUGCUGCCUUCUGGCCCAUUGCCCUGCUUGGGAUGAAGCGGGAUGGACCUGGGUGAGCUGCGCUGUCUCCUGCACAGAGAGCUGCUGGUCCCAAGCAAACGAAUUGAACUCCUCGAAAUCUCUCUGUCAGGUUCUGAUAGUUGAUGAGAAGCACAAGAAAUGCACAGGUUUGGAAUCUCUGCAGAGAUGGGGUUGAGGAGGGGGAGCUGCAGCUGGUGUUCUCGCAGCCCUUCAGCUGAGCAGUACCUGCAGUCCCUUCUGGCUGUGACAGAAGGAGCCAGCAGGAGCAGCUGCACGAACCCUGUACAUCGGCCUUGUGCAGGGCCGCUCUGUUCCGGUGGCUGGCACCAAGUGGAAGGCUGCCAGCUGUCACGGGGAGGAGUCCAGGGGCGGUGCUGAACGGAGGAGAUGGCUCAGCCCGGCAGUUCUGGGGCAGCUUCCCAGGCUGCAGAAGGGUGGUUGCAGUCUCAGAGCACAGUGUGAGGGAGCUGUGCUGUGCUGUUCUGCUGGUGGAGGUCUGAAGGGUGCACAGCAUCUCUGCUGCUUGAAUCUGGCUCCUGCACUGUGCCCUCUUUCUGUGACCAUACGUUGGCAUUGUCCCUUGUGAUGUGACAGCAGAGGCCCAGGGCUGUGGUGACCCAGCAGGUGCUAGCUUUGGGCUUUUUGUCCUGUAAACCUGUGGUGGUACUGGGACCAUUCCUCCUCCUUUCCCUCCUACUGGUGGAGUUUCAGGCAUGCAGCUGGGUGCUGUGUUCCACUUGUGGCUGCUGGUGCUGAUGGCAUUGGUGGAGCAGUCUGAGCUGUUCAGCUGAGCCCUGCUUACCACCCAGGCCCAAGGAGGUGAAGGAACAGGUAGCUACUGUCCAGCGCUGAUCACUUGGACUUCCCUCCACUGCUUCUUUUUCCUUUACUUAGCCAUGGCUACUAAGGGAUGAAAACCCAGAAGUGACAGGAGCUGCUCCAGGCUGCACUGCAGGUGACUCUGUUGCAAGUGCUUCAGUCUUAAGGCUGGCACUGAUGGGUUUGAGGAGGAAUGCCUUAAAAACAGCCCAAAAGCAGCCUGCAGGCUCAGUGCAAGCAUUAAAGCAGCUUAUUCACCCCAGCAAUUAAUUGUCCCAGUAAUUAACUCCUCCUGACACCCAUUCCUGCCUUAGCAAGGAGCAGUGGGAGCUGGCAGCACUGGCAUGGCGAGCUGGCAGUGCUGGCAUCUGAAGCUGGCCUUUGGCUGAAACGGUUCUGCAGGGCUUGGCCACUACCAGCUCGGAGAGGUUAACCUUUCGCACUGCCUGCUGGGCUGUGAGGUGACAGCAGCUGCCUCCUACUGCAUCAGUCCACUACCAGCUGCUUUGCAGUCAGCUUUCCAGGGGUUAGGCUCCUGUUCUGUGGGGUGGACUUGGGAGAAGCAGAGUUGAGGCAGAGGUAGGAGCUGUGAAAGGAAAAGCUUUUCCCUGGUUUGUGCCAGGUCACCUGUGCAGCAGGGGUUCAGGAAGCUGUUGCUGCAUGGCAGAACCACCCCAGAGUCCACCCAUCUCUUAGGCGAGCUGAACACCUAAGGAACUGCACCUGAAAGGCAGGAAAGGACUUCUGGUGAGGCUUUGGACCAGCCUAGUGCAGGAGUGUAAGGAAGGAGCUUUGCUGGCCUGUCAGUGGCACUCUCUGUCCCAUACUCAGUGCCUGCCUGUGCUCUGCACAGCCAUGGCCAUAGCUGACUGCUGGGAUUGUUUCCAGCAGCACAGGACUGGUGUCUGUGGCACAAGGUGGUAGCUUUUUAUAGGUGUGGAGGUGCCAGGCUGCAGGGGAAGCGGAGUGAGGGGGCAGCAGGUUUGUGGUGGUUCCUUAGGGGCAGCAGCUGCUGCCUGGAGCUCUCUGUGUGUGUGUGGCUGUGCAUGCUUCUGGGGCUCGGUGCACAACCUGGCAGGGUAGGCACAGAUGAAAGCUCACCAGACAGGUGCUGCUGGCUGCUGGCUUCCUUGCUCUUCAGCAGGCACCGUGCGGGGCAGUGAGGCUUCCUUGGGUUUGGAGGAGGGGUGCAGUCACCCUGUGCUUGUAUUCCUUGGCACCAGCUCCCUCUGUCGUGCACCCCAAGGCCUUGGCUGCUGCUUGAGUGUUGGCUGUGAGCACUUGAGAGCAGGCACAGGAGUGAUCACAGGAGGAUCACUGCUGUGCCUGCUCAGCUGCUGCUGCCCAUGCCUGGGUCAGCUACUGCUGGCCCUUAGGGGGGGCAAGGAAAACACAUCUGCAGAAGCAGGACCUUGAGCUUCUGCUGAGCUCAAAUUUGAAGUGGCCUUUAAAACCAGAGUAGCUCAUGCCAAACGUGCAGUGAGCCAAGGAGACUGCAAGUGAUGGGCAGUCAGAGCCCCUGGGGAGCUGCUCCAUGGAUUGAUGAUGGUGUGUUUGCUCCUAGAGCACCGGCAAGCCAGUGCUGGUGCCUCCAGCUGCUGGUGCUUGGGUAUGAGUGGAGCAGGGUAGCAGGCUCACCUCACUGAGUAAGAGAGCCUCGAUAGGCACUAGGUCUGACCUGGCAGCCGUGCUACAGGGUCAGUGGUCAGGAAGCUGCCUUCUGCUCCUGCAGUGUCAGAGGGACAAGAUCAAGGUUUGUAGCCAUUCCUAUCCUUGUAGCGUCUGCACCUGUGCACCCCCAGCAUGUCUGGUAACCCUUACCCAGCAGGUACUAACAGCUCUCCCGCCCCUGACACUCCUGUAGCAGUGCAGUUCUACUUUUCAAAGCUGAGCCUGACCAUGUGGGCUGGGGGACAGCACUUCCGACUGUCCACAGCAGGGGAGGGCCUGCAGCACAGCCCCGGGUCAGGCAGAGCCUUGAGACGUGGAUACUGCAUUCAAACGAACCAGCCCUUGGUGUCCUGUGCAGUUGUGGUGUGGGGUUCUGCCGUGGGCAGGACUCAAGUGUAACCGUUUGUUAAUGUAUUGAAGGUGUGUCCUCAUGGAGAGUGUUCCAAAUUAAACAAGCAAAACUGCUG